CUUCCGGCGUCUUUCCGAUGGCGGUUGUUUGGCGGCUUUUGCUGCUGUCGCCAGGAGCCGAGGCUCUAAAUCAGUGGGUGGAACCGAGGUAACGGAGACUGGAAAGCGCCCGAGGGGGCGCGGUCCACACUGCACGGGAGUGAGCGGGUUGCGGAACGUGCUUCCGGGAUUAUCGACCCAGGUCUCCGCCGUCAUCACGCUCUAGUCUCCCGGCACCACUGCGCCCAAAGGGUCCUAUGGCAACCAGCGUGCCAAAGGCCACGGCCCAGGUGAGCCUGAACAGGGGCGAGGCAGUCAUUCAUUUGAUGUCUACGCAGCAUUCUGAAAGAGACGUCUAGAAGUCGCCCUUGUGCACAUAAGGACAGUGAUGUGCUCGGUGGUUGCAUGUUUGUCCAGGGCGCUAGACUUGUCCGGCUCCAGCUCCGAAGACCGAGAAACUGAGGGCGGAGGUCGGCCUGAGAUCACUCAUCUCCAGGACGAAGAAAGGAAGAACCGGCUCAGCCACUCCGUCCUCCCCAGGCCGCCUUCACCUCAGCUCGUCCUCUUUUCACAGGGUCCCCAAGGAGCUGCCGUAGGUAUGGUCCCCGCACAGGUAAGUCUGCCGGACGUCGUCCCCUCCCCUGGCCCCGACGCCCAGACUUAGGAUCCAGUGUUGUCCUGGGAUGGUCGGUCCUUCGCUCUGGACCCCUGGGGUCCCCUCAGGCCCGGGAAGCUUGGCGACAGGCGUUGUCCUGAGGUGUUCAAAUGUGUCCAGUGGAAAAGGUCAAGGGAUAAGCUGUUCCUUAGCCCCGGGAGUCAGCCUGUCCCUGUGGCCGGAGGCGAGGGGGCGAGGGGAGUGUCCGGGGAUCUGCAGGACCCGUGACCUGGGCCAAUAAAGCUGGGUGGCAGGAAGUUCCCAUUGUGGCACAGCGGACAUGAAUCCAACUAGUGUCCAUGAAGACAUGGGUUCGAUCCCUGGCCUGCUCGGUGGGUUAAGGAUCUGGCAUUGCCGUGAGAUGUGGUGUAGGUUGCAGAUGCGGCUUGGAUCUGGUGUUGCUGGGGCUGUGGUGAGGGCCGGCGGCUACAGCUCCGAUUCGACCCCUCACCUGGGUGUCUCAGGGGAGGUGUCAGGUGGGCAGCUGGGAACACACAUCUGGAGGUGAGGGAGGGGGUUUCGCUUGGGAGAGUCUCCCAGGCAGGUGGCUGGUGUGCAGACCUUGUCACACUCAAGGCCCUGCAGGUCCCGGUGCCCGGAAGGUGGGGAGGGGAUUCUCCAUGGCCUGGCUCAGGUGCCCGGGCCCCUGGCCGGGGUGGCUGUCAUCACUGAGGAUGAGGCAGGACAGUGACCGUGAGUGUGGGGGUGGGAGGGGUCCUGAUGGCGCAGAGGCGUCUCGGUGGGUGAGGAAGGUACCGAGGGGGAAGCAGGGAUGGGGUUCGGAUGCCGGGAGGGCAGGCCUGGUGCCUUAUUUCCCCUCCAGGGCCUCAGAGCUUUGCACGGACUGUGUUGGAGCCUGAAGGGUGUCAGGCUGGGUGACAGAGUUGCUGAAGGGAAAUGGUGCUUUUUUUCCCCUUCCAGGGAACAGAGGUGCCUAGGGCCUGCGGCAGAGGGGCAGGGGCGGCGGAGGGGUGAGGACCAUGGCCUGGCUCCGGAGGGGCAGCGAUCCUGCAGGGCUGGAUGGCGGAGAGGGAGGGGGUGUGAAGAUGUCCUCGGGGCCGGGCUACAGGCUUUCGUCCGGAAGGCUGAGCAUUCGUGUCACCGUGUGCGGCCUGAUCCCUGGGCUCCCUGGAGAGGGCCAUGUGACCUUUGAGGAUGUGGCUGUGUCCUUCUCCCAGGAGGAGUGGGGGCUCCUGAGCGAGGCUCAGAGACUCCUGUACUGUGAUGUGAUGCUGGAGAACCUGUCACUUGUGGCCUCCCUGGAUUGUUGGCAUGGAGGAGAAGCCGAGGAAGCCAUACCUGAACAGUGUGUUUCUAUAGAACAAGUGGCACAAGCCAGGAACCCAAAGCUGGACCCGUCCUUCCUGAAGACUCUCACUUCUGAUACAUAUGCUCUGGUAGCAAAAGAUGCUCUCUUCCUCGCUGAGCACCAAGGAGUGUAUCCUGGACCGAAACAGUCCUUUCCUGGAGCUUGUCGGAAAAUGUUCACUUCUCACUUGCAGCAGCACCAGAAGCAGCUCCGUGGAGAGAAACAGCUCAGAAGGGAGGAGAACGGCACCAUGCUUGUGACAAGCUGCCAAGUACUUGUAUCUGAUAAUAUGUUCACGUGCCGAGAGGUUGAGAAGGAUUUCCUAGGCAGCCUGGGCUUUCUCCAGCACCAGCCCACCUGCAAUGGAGAGCAUCCACGGAGAAGGAGGAAGAGCAGGGAGGUCUCCUACCCUGGGCAAAGGCACUACGAGUGCAGUGAAUGUGGCAAAGCCUUUACUAAAAAGUAUAAAUUCACGGAGCACCAGAGAGUUCACACUGGAGAAAAACCUUAUGAGUGCAAUGACUGCGGAAAAUUCUUUAGACUCAGGGGGGGUCUUUCUCAUCACCAGAGAGUUCACACUGGAGAAAAGCCUUUUGAUUGCAGCAAAUGUGGGAAAGUCUUCAUCUACAAAUGUAAACUUGUCCAGCACCAAAGAGUCCACACUGGAGAAAGACCCUACGAGUGUAAUGAAUGUGGGAAAGCCUAUGCCCGGAAGGAUUCACUUGUUCAGCACCAAAAAGUUCACACCGGAGAGAAGCCUCAUAAGUGCAGUGAAUGUGGGAAGCCCUUUCUAUACAGAAAUAAACUUCUUGUACAUCAGAGGAUCCAUACUGGAGAAAAGCCUUUUAAGUGCACAGAAUGUGGGAAGUCCUUCAGUUACAAGACAAGUCUUAUUAUCCAUCAGAGAACCCAUACUGGAGAAAGGCCUUAUAUGUGCAGUGAGUGUGGGAAAGCCUAUGUCAACAAAAAAAGUCUUGUUGUCCACCAGAGAAUUCAUACUGGGGAAAAAGUUUAUGAGUGUAAGAAAUGUGGGAACGUCUUUACAAGCAGCUUUGCCCUCAAUAAACACCAGAUUGUUCACACUACACAAAGGCCUUACGAGUGCAGUGAAUGUGGGAAAGCUUUCAAGAGGAAAAUUAGACUCGUUGAGCACCAGAGGAUCCACACUGGAGAAAGGCCCUAUGAGUGUCAUCAAUGUGGUAAAGCAUUUAAGCUGAAGAAUACACUUGUCAGCCACCGAAAUGUCCACAUUAGAUCAAAGCCUUUUAAAUGCAGUGAGUGUGGGAAACCCUACAGUAACAAAACAAGCCUUGUUGUCCACCAGAGGAUCCACACUGGAGUAAAGCCUUUUCAGUGCAAUGAAUGUGGGAAGCCUUACAGUUACAAAACAAGUCUUAUUGUACAUCAGAGAAUCCACCGUGGAGAAAAGCCUUAUGAGCAUAGUUCUUUGUAGCCAGCUCCAAGCUCAUAAACAAUAAGAAAGUUCAGGAGUUCUUGCUGUGGCACCAUGGAUUACGAAUCUGACUACAGCAGCUUGGGUCAGAAUGCAGCUGAGGGUUCAGUCCUCGGCCUGGUACCUUAGGCUAAAGGAUCUGGCGUUGCCACAGGUCAAAGCUGUGGCUUAGAUUCAGUCCCUGGCCUGGGAACUUACAUAUACGGUGGAUGUAGCUAUAAAAUUUUUAAAAAGAAGACAUUUCACACUGGGGAAAUGCUUUCUGGGCUUAGGCAUUCCUUCACUUGAUUUAAUAUGUAGCAGCACAGUACCUUUGCCUUGGAGUAGGUGAUCGUGUAACUUCUGUGGGGCCAGAUAAACUUUUCUUUUUCUUUCUUUUUUUGUGUGGCCACACCUGCAGCAUAUGGAAGUUCUCAGGCCAGUGGCAAAUUGACACUGUAGUUGUGGCCUGUGCCACAGCCAUAGCCACACCAUAUCUGAGCCACAUUUGCAACCUAUACCAAAGCUUGUGGCAUCACCUGAUCCUUAACCCACAGAGCAGGCCAGGGAUGGAACCUCAUCCUUAUAGAGGCAGCAUCGGGUCCUUAAGCUGAGCUACAACGGGAGCUCCAAGUCAACCUUUUCCGAAGUGAUAGUAACCUUUGUCAAACUAACCAGAAACACCAGCACUUGAGUUCCUAUACUUUUCAUUCUUACAACACGUGGUAUGCAUAGGCUUUCUGAUUUCAGUAAUAUAAUAUUUUUGUAGUAGUAUCAAGUGAUUUUAUUUUAUUUUUUUUAUUAUUUAAUUUUUUUGGUCUUUUUGUCUUUUCUAGGGCUGAACCCAUGGCAUAUGGAGGU